AUUAGUGAAGAGUACAAUUAUCUCUUAAAGAUGUGAAAAUACCCCUUACCUCUUAUUAAACUAAAAUAAAAUGGAUAUUUUGACAUCUUAAAUAAAACUAUAAGUUUUAGAAAUGAAAUUAAAAUAAAAAAAUUAUAAAAAUCCCUGCAUUGUGUUUGGAAUGGAGAGGGAAAAACUAAAUUAAGGCAAAUGAAGAGAAAGUAAAAUAUGAGACAUAAAGAGAGAGAAAAUAUUAUUGUUGCUAUUAUUAUUAUUGUUAUUAUAAUUGAUUUAUUUUUAGUGCAGAUGAUUAAAGUUUAGAAAGUAUGUUAAAAAAAAAAAAAAGCUUAGAGAAAGUGAAAAGGAGAAAAAAGAGGAAGUAAAAGGAGAAAAAUUGUCUGGUAAAUUCUGCUUACCUCGUUUUAUUGACAAAAUCAUGAAUUUGGUCAGUGAUAAGGGAUGUGAGUGAAAUUAUAAGAGAUAAAAUGAACUUAUGAAAUAUGAAAAGAAUUUAUGUGUGAUAUUAAUCUAAUUUUAUCUUUUACCAAACACACACGCCAUCCGGUUAGAAUUUCAAAACUACUCAAAAGAACCUGGCGCGAUUUUUCUCAAUGUCCGCUUCUAUAACCUAACCUCCCUCACUUCAAAAACUCGAUCGAUACCACCAAAACAAGAACUUCGAUGUCGCUAUUAAUGCAGAGGCAUCUCCAGCUAAUCGUCUUUCGAAAUCAAUCGAAACCCUAACUUGUUGACAUUUUCAAAGGAGCUCUCAGUAUUUUUCUUCUAUUCGCUUUUUUGAAGUCUAUCUGAUCUAAAAAACCUCUAGGUUUCAUCCAAAAUGGAGAAACAGAUACCAGUUGUAUGUCCCGAGAACGAAGAGUUGGCGGACUUCAUGUGGAAGAAGAGACAAGAAAUGGCGGAGAGACCGAAAGGAGGAUCGGAGAACAUCAACAUGACGCUUUACCGGGCUUACUUUAAUGUCUGCAACUCCAAAACGCCCGUUAAAACCCUCAAGGAUUUAUCCCAAAUCAAGGGUGUGGGAAAAUGGAUUUUGAGGCUCAUGAAAGGAUUUUUUGGGACUGAUUCCGGUGCUUCUGAAUAUGAAGAUUUGACGCAAAUGGGGCAAAAAACUAAGAAACCUAGAAACGAUUCUGGUGCUUCUGAACGUGAAGAUUUGACACAAAUGGAGAGAAAAACAAAGAGACCUAGACGCUAUGUACCACAAAAGAAUUCAGUGGCCUAUGCGUUAUUGAUUACUCUGCACAGGGGGACCACAAAUGGUAUUGAAUUUAUGCGAAAACAGGAGCUAAUUGAUGCUGCUGAAGCGAGUGGGCUUUCUCGAGUGCCAAUUGCGCCAGAAAAGGGCGAAGGAAAACCGGGACAUUUUGGAAGCUCGCCAAGAGAUUGGUAUAGUGGGUGGAGCUGCAUGAACACAUUGAUUACUAAAGGAUUGGUUGUUAAGUCGAGUUGUCCGGCAAAGUACAUGCUGACUCAAGAAGGACGGGAAGCAGCACAUGAAUGUCUCUUAAGAUCUGGUCUGGUUGAUUUGACCGAGAAUAUGGCAACCAGAGAUGGUUUUUCAAAUAUUGAUGUAAGCAAGACAUCGGAUUUGGAGUUUGCUUGUGCUGAUUCGGCAAAAAAAAUGACCUUGCCAUCUGGUGGUUUGAUUGGGCAGAAAAAAUCAAUUGACGUGCUGCCUGAAUCUUUUGAUAGGUUUGUACGUAUGGGGUACUCCAAGGAACAAAUUCUUCAUGCUGUUUCUGAAGUUUCAGAAACAUCCCAGAGCAAGGAUGUAUCUUCACUUUGGCCAGCAAUUCUAUGUCGCCUUCGAGAAGAUGAAGUUUAUGGCUCAACUUUUUUGGAGUCUCAGAAGACGCUAAGAGAGGGCUGUCUUUCAACAUCAACCAUCUGCAGAUCUGCAGUUGGUCAAACUGAUUCUGUUGUACGUGGGAAUGCUCAGAUGGAAUCUGCUCAUUGUGGUGCAUCUAGGUCUUCAUUUUUAGGGGAUUCUGCACAGAGCUCUUUCACCUUGAGGGCUUGCUCAUCAUCUGAUUAUCCGCUGCAUAAGCGAGGUUCAGAUGGUUUGGAAGCCUACAUAAAUAUUUUAGCUAUGCCACCUCUGGGAUUUGGGGAGAUUUUUGAGGAUGCAUAUGAAGUUAUUUUGGUAUUGGAUGAUCGGGAACAAUUUGCUCGUCAGGGGUCAAGGUCUAGGAAAAUUAUCGAGAACAUUUGCGCUCAAUUCAAAAUUCAAUUAGAGGUUAGACGGUUGCCUAUUGGGGAUGGAAUCUGGUUAGCUCGCCAUAAAUACCUUGGCAGUGAAUAUGUUCUUGAUUUUAUCGUUGAGAGGAAGAACGUAGACGAUUUGCGCUGCUCAAUCAGGGAUAAACGUUACAGGGAUCAGAAAUUGCGUCUUUUGAGAUGUGGACUCAAGAAGCUCAUAUAUUUGGUGGAAGGAGAUCCAAAUUCUUCUGAAGCAGCUGAAAGCAUCAAAACAGCUUGUUUCACAACAGAGAUCCUGGAGGGAUUCGAUGUGCAGAGAACAAGUGGCUUGGCUGAUACACUAAGGAAGUAUGGUUACCUUACUCAAUCAAUAACUCGGUUCUACAGAUCCCGGUUACCUGUGGAAAAACAUAAGAGCUCUGGAGUAUGUCCUCCUUUUGAUGAAUUUAUGAAAAGGUGCCAAGAUUUGGAUAAAAUGACAGUCAGUGAUGUAUUUGCCGUCCAACUCAUGCAGGUUCCCCAGGUAACAGAGGAGGUUGCGCUUGCUGUUCUGGAUUUGUACCCAACACUUGUAUCUCUUGCUCGUUCAUACUCUGUUCUUGAGGGCGACACUUCUGCACAAGAGGAAAUGCUUAACAAGCAGAGUAACAAUGUGAUCAGUAGAGGUGCCAGUAGAAAUAUCUACCAACUAAUUUGGGGCAGUUGAGUAUGUAUAUGUGCUAUAUUCUAAGAUCAAAACAUGGCCUUGCUGGUUGUGAACGUUUUUGUGGAGCAAGCAAACAGCCCUCUGCUUCAUUUACUAAUAUUGUAUGCAUGUAGAGAGUUUGUAUAUAAAGAAUGGUGAUAAAGCAUCCAAUGACAAUCUUUUUCGUGAAUGGUUUACGAAAUCUUUUCAUUUUGAUGUAGGGAUGUUCAAUCCAGUUUCUUCACAUUAAUUUACGUGUUAUUU